AGCAUCAAGAUUUGUAUCGAAUCUCACUAACACAUGUGCCAUUCAUUUGUCAUUAGCGUGCAUUAUUGUGAACGGAGUAUCGUUAUUUUACCAGUCUUUGCAAGUAGCUGCCCUGCGAAAACAGCUGCUGAACUCGCCUUUUCGACUGCUGCAUAUCACGCAUUGUCUUUGUCCACCUCGUAGCCUGAAAAGCCUUGGCAGUUUGAAUCUUCUUGACUGGCAUUUUCAAUAAUUCCUGUUUCAACAUGACUGACCCUGUCUUGACCGCACCCCUGAAUUUCAUCGACGGUGAACGGGUCCCGCCCACAAACACCGACGACUCUCAGGACUUCAAAGUCUAUGAACCUGCUACUGGUAAGGUUCUGUGUGAAUGUAAAAGUGCUAGCGAAGCAGAUGUAGAUCGGGCUGUGCAGUCUGCAAAGGCAGCGUUCGAGGUCUGGUCUGAAGUGCCGGCCUUGGAGAGAGGACGUGUUCUACAGAAGGUCGCAAGGAAGCUCGAGGAACGACUUGAGGAGUUGGCAGUAUGGGAGACAAGGAACAACGGCAAGCCUAUCUGGGAGGCCAGAGAGGAUAUCAAGAACAUCGUAGAGUGCCUGGACUACUUCGGAGGGCUGGCUCCAGGAAUCGUUGGAGAGCAUGUACCCUGUGCAGGGGGUUCCUUCGGCUAUACCAGGCGUGAGCCUCUUGGAGUCUGUGGUGGUAUAGGGGCGUGGAACUACCCCCUACCCAACAUUGGCUGGAAGGCUGCACCUGCCCUGGCCUGCGGGAACACCAUGGUGUACAAACCCUCCCCCUUUACCCCCAUCACCGCGCCCAUCCUGGCUGAGAUCUUCAUCGAGUGUGGACUACCGAAGGGGGCGUUUAACGUGGUCCAGGGGCAAGGACAGACUGGAGAGUAUCUCUCGAAGCACCCUGAUGUGGCUAAGGUCUCCUUCACAGGCAGUGUGCCUACAGGCAAGAAGAUCAUGCAGAGCUGCUCCAACCGAGUUGCCAAGUUGACCCUUGAACUGGGAGGCAAGUCUCCACUGAUCAUCUUCAACGAUGCUGACAUGGAUAACGCCAUCAAGGGAGCUAUGCUUGCAAACUUCCUAACCCAAGGACAGGUCUGCUGUAACGGAACUAGGGUCUACGUCCAAAAGGACAUCCAUGAGAAGUUCCUGGAGAGCUUUGUCAACAAGACCAAGACUCUAAAGAUUGGAGACCCUCUGAAGGAAGACACCAUGAUGGGUGCUGUCAUCAACGAAGGUCAGAUGUCAAAGAUCUUGGGGUACAUUGAUGGGGCUAAAAAAGAGGGUGCUACUGUCCAUUGCGGUGGUGGUAAGCACAGCACAUCUGACCCUAACUGCCAGGAGGGUUUCUACGUCAGUCCGACUGUCCUCAGCGUGAAUGAUAAGAUGACCAUCGCUAGAGAGGAGGUCUUUGGCCCGGUCGUCUGUGUCAUGCCCUUCGACACGGAGGAAGAAGCCAUCCAGCGUGCAAACGAUACAGACUAUGGCCUGGCCAGUGGUGUCUUUACCAGUGACAUCAAGCGGGCUCAUCGUGUAGCAUCCAAGCUCCAAGCAGGCUUCUGCUGGAUUAACAACUACAACAUGAACCCCUUUGGUCUUCCGUUCGGUGGUUACAAACAAUCUGGUUUCGGUCGGGAGAAUGCCUUGGAUACCAUCAACCAUUUCACCCAGGUGAAGAGUGUGUACGUGGAGAUGGGUGAUAUUGAUUGCCCCUACUAAGCUACUUUACAAAGUUCACUGCCCUUUUUACAACCGGACUAUAAUCCCAUAAUCCCAUAAUCCCACAAUCUGCGAUAGCAUUUUAUAUGAAUAUUUUAAUAUGUAAAGUCUGAAUGACUUGUUCUGAAUUGUCAUAUGAAUCAUAAAAUUGAAUUUUAGGAUACUGCAAUUCUACUCGUAGGAGGAAAAGCCAAAUUGGCUCUGAAUUGUAGCUACGUCAGACCAGUGGUGUGACAGUAUGCGAUUUCCAUCCAAUUUUGCCUUAACUUUACCUUGAAGGUUGACAAUAAACAUAAAUUUCAAUAUUUACUAUUCAUAUCAUUAGUCAGAACCUCAAUGAAGAUGGAUGUUUCCUUAAAUUUUCAUAUCUAAUGUAAUUGCUAUGUAUUGCUACAUCGGAUUUCAGUUGAAUUGAAUAAUGUGUGGUGGGCUUAACAGGUGAAUUACGGGUAUGAGUAACAAAUCAUCAUUUAAUUAUCUUUUAGAGGCAUAGAAUUUAACCUUUCUUUAAUGUUUCCUCAAAUUUUCAUAUCUAAUGUAAUUGCUAUGUAUUGUGACAUCGGAUUUCAGUUGAAUUGAAUAACGUGUGCUGGCCUUAACAGGUGAAUUACGGGUAUGAGUAACAAAUCAUCAUUUAAUUAUCUUUUAGUGGCAUAUAAUUUAACCUUUCUUGUGCCAGUACAGUGUUAUACCCUAAACAAGCCAUUAAUAAACACUGCACUUUUUUUUGGGGGGGGGGGAGGGGUGGGGGUGGGGUAGGGAGAUGGUUGUCUACUUAUCUAGAAAGAAAACUACAUGAA